CUCCUCCUCUCGGUGAGUCUCUAGGUGAGUCAAAAGCAGCCCUGAAUCAGGAAGUAGGAUGCCGUGACAGACAUUAGUAGGCAGAAGGAAAUGGGCACCACCACCACACAAUGUCACUAUGUCUGCUGCUGCUCCUGUCCAUGGUAACACAAGGAUGAGAGGGAGGAGAGGCCACAGGGAAAUGACCCCAUCGUCGAUCAUGUUGCUGCUGGCUUUGACAGCCUGCCUGGCGGGGACUGUGUUCUGCCAGGGUGAUAAGGACACAAGUACUGUUGAAGAAACACAAACAGAAAAUGAUGCCGGGUUCUCAGUGAUCCCACCUGUAAGUGAUGCUACCCCUACACCAGACUCAUACCUAUCAUCUGAGAGUCCUUCAGAGGGAUAUGAGACUGAAGCUGACGCUGGUUCUGGGUUCAGUCCAGGUGUCAAUUUAGAAGGGGAGGAUCAUCUCAAAUCCUCUGAAGUACCACUGGAGGACAGUCUGAGUCUCACCUUCGUCCUGGUUCCUGUUGUGCUGGUGGUCGUGAUAAUCGCCAUGGUAGUGGGAGUAGUCAUAAUCAACCGCAGAUGGAAUCGGAAAGGAAAGAGCAAUUCUGAUAACGUAGAAGAGGAUAAAUAUUUGCAUGGUAGCGAUGACACAGAAAAAGUUCCAAUGCCCAUGUUUGAGGAUGAUGUCCCCUCUGUGUUGGAGCUGGAGAUGGAAGACCUGGAACAGUGGAUGAAUAAAGAUGGUGGAGUUCGAAUGGACUCUGGACAAGGGAUCUAACAUGAGAUCAUGGCUAGUCACGGAGUCAGUCAAUUCUCUCUCUCAACCGUCCUCUUGCUGUACUGCCGGUGACAAAGGACACUUCCCCAUCGCAGGGAAGGACAUUUUGUUACCCAGCCGCACUGUAGGCUUCUUCUAUUCAUGCCAAUGUCAAAGCAACGUCAUCAACCGACCACAUUGACAACAAGAAAGCAACACCUCCGCCAAGGUGACUGCAAAAAACAGGAAAUGCUGAAUUUAUUUACCAUUUCAGCAUAAACAAAAGACAAGUAACAAUAAAUGCACAAGUUAAACUUUUUUAGAACGUAACAUCUUAAAAUCUGCGCACUCCACCGUCAAAUGUACUGUGGUAUAGACUCUAUGGAGAAACAGUGUGUGGCAAUAGUCCUUUCACUACACGGAUCCUGAUUGUGGUCGGCCUAGUAAUGAAUGCUUUUUGCAACGCCUUCAACUCAGUACUGUGCCUUUUUAGUCAUUGUUUCAAGUUCAUAUACACUUUUUAUGUGAUUGUUUUAUUGUCUUUUGUAUUCAGCUGCCAUGCAGUGAGAGAGGGAAUCCGUGAGAGAGGAAGGAGUAAAACACAGGAGGUUGGUGGCACCUUUAUUGAGGAGGAUGGGCUCGGGUUAAUGGCUGGAGCAGAAUGAGUGAAAUGGCGUCAAAUGCAUCAGACACUUGGUUUCCAUGCGUUUGAUGCCAUUCCAUUCGCUCCGUUCCAGCCAUUAUUAUGAGCUGUCCUCCCCUCAGCAGCCUCCUGUGGAGUAAAAAGUGUAAAACUAUUGCUGAAAGCGGGUGUCGGUAGCCAUGUUCUGACACCCAGACAACAAUAUCCGGACUUGACCUCCAAAGAUCCUACAGGCCCUCCCCUUUACAAC